UGCUGGGAACCUGGUGAUGCUGUAACAUGCCUUGACAGGCAAUAUGAACACAAGGGCAGGUGCUGUAACCGCUGUCAGCCAGGGGAAAAGCUGGUCUCCGAAUGCAGUGGCACAGAACACUCGGUCUGUGUCCACUGUGAGAGUGGACACUAUCAGCAGAGCUGGACCAAGGAGAGGCACUGUGCCCCCCACGAUAUCUGUGAAGACAAUGCUGGCCUCAUCGUGAAGACACAAGGAAAUGCAACGCACAACACUGUGUGUGAGUGCCGGGCUGGCAUGCACUGCUCUGACACCAGCUGCCAGACCUGCGUGGAGAACCAGCCCUGCCAGCAUGGCUUCGGCUUCGUGGCAGCCAAGGCCCUGGCCCGGAUGUCAUCCCCCUGUGAGCCCUGUGCAGAAGGCACCUUCUCCAAUGUCUCUUCUAAAACUGAGCCAUGCUAUCCCUGGACAAGCUGUGAGGAAAAGGGACUGGUGGUGAAGGCAAAAGGGACGAGCACCUCAGAUGUGAUCUGCGAGUCAAGCAAGCGCUCCUCACUGUCGGUGCUGAUCCCCAUCAUGGCUGCAGUCGUCACAUGCCUCGUGGGCAUCUGCAUCUACUGCUUGGUCCACACAAAUCCCAGGCGACGGGUGCAGGAGGAGACCCUACUCAGGGGCCAGCCUGUGGCCCAGGAGGAUGGCAAGGAAAGCCGCAUCGCAGAGCAGGAGAAGCUGUGA